AUGUGUAGUAUUCGCGUAAAUAUAAGAUAUCAUUAUCUUUUUGCUUGUCUAAAUAAUAAGAUAUAUUUUCAGGGACCCUAUAAUGUUGCGUGGGGGAAAUACGACGUUUGCCAUGGUCCAAAAAGAGCUAAUGUAACUAAAUUCACUACAAGUCUUACCGUUGAAAAAAAUAACCACUAUAUAGGUGUUAUCAAUAUCACUUUUCUGGAACAAACUGUUAUUGAAGAGUUCAAAAUGUCUGUAUUUGCUAUCAAGGAAAAAAGAAAAAUCCUUUUAUGGAAUCAAAUUGUUGUGAAACCUUGCCAACAUUUUGCUCUUGCAGCCGUUAUAGAAACUUACGUAGAUGCCAAAAAUUGCGUGGUGAGAAAGGGAAGCUACAACUGCAAUUUAAAUUUCACGGAAACAUUACAUAAUUUCAUCGGGACGUCAUUUUUUUACGGAGAAUUUAUGAUGAAAACAGUUGUCUUCUCAAAAAAAGGAAACAUUGCCUGUCUUAUUUUCAAUCCAAUUUUCACGAAAAAAACUACAUAA